AUGGAGGUGGCAGGUGUUGGCACUCAGAGUAACUUGUCCACCAUUGGAAACUUUUCCUCUUCAGCCCCAGGGCCAGUGAAUGAGAAACUGAUGACAAUGUUGCUGGGGACCAUUCUGAGCGCCAUGUGUUUGAUGGGAGUUAUAGGCAAUAUCUACGUCCUGGUGGUGAUGAAUUUGUCCAUGAGGUUCACUGGCUCCAUGUACACCUACAUAGUAAACUUGGCUUUGGCCGACCUCCUCUACCUCACCACCAUCCCAUUUGUGGUGUGCACCUACUUUGCGAAGGACUGGUACUUUGGAGAACUUGGCUGUAGAUUCCUGCUCAGCUUGGACUUCCUGACUAUGCACGCCAGCAUCUUCAUAUUGACUGUCAUGAGCAUUGAGAGAUACUUAGCAGUGGUGAAACCCCUGACGACGUAUAGGAAAAACAACGGCUACAGGAGGGUCAUCAUUAGUGUGGUAUGGCUGGUUUCCAUUCUCCUUGCCCUUCCUACGAUGAUAAUGACCGAUCUCAGAGAAUUUGCCAAGAACGGGACAAUAAAACGCAUGUGCGGCUCCACAUGGCCAAAACAUACUUACAGAAUCUAUCUGACUGUGCUUUUUAAUACUUGUAUACUGACUCCAGGGAUAUUAAUUGGAUUCUUAUACAUAAAGUUAGCUCGUACUUACUGGACAUCCCAAAGCAGGAAGGAAGUGACAAAGGCACCGAAGCUGAAAAUCCUCUAUAUGAUUUUUGGGAUUGUCCUAAUAUAUGGCAUCUGUUACUUGCCUUUUUGGGUAUGGCAAUUGUUUCAUCUCUACUUCAUUGAAUCUGCAACUAUUUCUCCCACCACAGUCGCCAUCGUUAAUUUGUUUGUGACUUGCCUGGCAUACUGCAACAGCUGCAUCAAUCCUUUCCUCUACACCUUACUGACAAAAAAUUACAAAGAGUAUCUGAGGAACCGAAAGGCAAAGUUCUCCAAAAGGAAAUGCCACAGGGUUUUGUCCCAAAGAUCAACGUCUUCUGGACAUCAUCCGUGCACAGAGAGUCUAUCGUACAGUUAA